AUGAAGCUGCUCUCUCAGACCCUGUGUCUGUGCCUCAUCCUCGUAUUAUUUGAUUCAGAUCACCAUCUAGAUCAUCAUCAUACUGAUGGUGUCCCUGACCGUUGUGAGGGGAAGGGGUUGGAGAUGGAUGCUGUGGCUGUGAAUGAAGAGGGAGUUCCAUAUUUUUUCCAUGAUCACCAUCUGUUCAAGGGCUUCCAUGGCAAAGCAGAGAUGUCCAACGAGACCUUCCCUGAGCUGGAUGACCAUGUCCAUGUAGAUGCUGCUUUCCGCAUGCACUAUGAGGACUCCGAUGACCAUGACCACAUGUUCUUCUUCUUCAAAGACAAGGUACUGAGCUACUACCAACACAAGCUGGAGGAUGGCUACCCCAAGCCAAUCAGUGAGGUCUUCCCUGGAAUCCCCGACCAUGUGGAUGCAGCUGUGGAGUGUCCCAAGCCAGAAUGCGAUGAAGACUCCGUCAUCGUCUUCAAGGGAGGUGACAUGUACCACUACGAUGUCAAGACAAAGGCGGUAACUUCUAAGAAUUUGCAAAACCUGCCAAGUUGCACUUCUGCCUUCCGCUUCAUGGAGCACUACUACUGCUUCCAUGGACACCAGUUCACCAAGUUUGACCCCAAGACUGGUGACAUGCAUAUCAAUUACACCAAGAACGCCCAAGACUAUUUCAUGAGGUGCUCCACCUUUGAUAGCAACAGUGACCAUGUGGAGAGAGAGCAGUGCAGCCGUGUUCACCUGGAUGCCAUCACAUCUGACAAUGCUGGGGACAUAUAUGCCUUCAGAGGCCACCAUUACCUUCACAAAGAUGACGCCACUGACGCGUUAAAGGCCGAAUCCAUCGAGAGUGCCUUCAAGGAGCUGCACAGUGAGGUGGAUGCUGUCUUCUCCUAUGAGGGUCACCUGCACAUGAUCAAGGAUGACAACGUGUUUGUCUACAAAGUUGGUGAGCCCCACACCCACCUGGAUGGCUACCCCAAGACUGUGAAAGAGGAGCUGGGCUUUGAACACGCUGAUCACAUUGAUGCUGCAUUUGUCUGUAAUGAUCAACACAUUGCCCACAUUAUCAUAGAUGAUAAAAUCUACGAUGUGGACAUGAAGGCAAGCCCCCGCGUUCCAACCAAUGAGCGCCCAAUGGGUGUGCUGAAGCAUGUUGAUGCUGCCAUGUGUGGCAGUACAGGUGUUAAGGCGAUUGUUGGCAACCACUUCUACCACUUUGACAGUGUCAUGCUUAUGGUUGCCGCCAAGGCCCUGCCUGAGCAGCAUCGGGUGUCCCAGGAGCUCUUUGGCUGUGACCACUAG